CAUUAUUAACAUGUAAUUAGAUUUGAUAUAUUUUGUUGAUGAAUAUAAAUGUCAAGUGAUUGGGUAUAUAAUUUUCCAAAUUAUAAUUUAAAUUAUUAUGUGCAGAACACAAAUAUUAUAUUAUUAAUGAAUCCAAAAGGGACAUCCCCUUAAUAAUUAAUGGUAUUCAAAAACUGAGGGAAUGAUGUUGUAGUUCGGCAUCAAGCUCACAAAUAUAACAAUGCUAAUCCAACAAGUGCACAAUUACCAAGAUAAGGAAGGACGAUGAAGAACAAACCACCGACAAUCUUCCUAACUUUAUCGAUGUAAAUUGUAUUGCAAUAAAAAUGAUGAUCAAUAUUAAUUACAAAUUUGAGUUAUUCUCUACUAUAUUUGGAUUUUUAUAUCAUGCACAUGUCAUACUUAGUUAUAUUAUUUAAUCUUAUUAAUAACUUCAAUGGUCGGAUGAAGGGAGCACAUGUUUUAAUUACCAAAAUUGGCUUUAGCGAAUUAUAUUCAAAUAAAUCAACCUCCAAUUAAAAGGUGGAGAACACCAAAAAUGUUGUACUUUGAAAUGUAAAUGAUCUAAGUUCAUAAUGCUAAUGCUAAUGUAGGAUAACAAGAAUGACAUUGUUAAUGGUGGAGGUAAUGAACCCGGUGCUACAGAUGAUGAUGGUAUCGAGGUAAAUUGUACUCUAAUGAAAAAUAUGAUUUCAAUUUCUAAUAUAUUUUACCAUAAUUUUUUGUGUUCAAUAAAAUGUAGGAAAACAAGGAAGAUAUAACUGAAAUCCAAGAAAAUAAGGAAUGGUAAUGAAGAUUAAGACAUUAUUAAUGGUGGCGAUGAGGUUGUUGCUCAUGCUGAAAGAAACGUAAACAAGCCAAAAAGAAAAAAAUACAGUGAUCUAUGAAAACAAGGAGUAAUUAGAAGGGUUAUUUUAAUUGGUCUUUAGGAGUUGGUUCCCUUGCAUGUGCGUUUUCUUUCAUUUUCGUAAAAUGAUUUAGUCGGUUAGUCAUUAAUAUAUCGGAAACCGCUACAAUGUUAUUUCUUUGAAGUUGUUAAACUAUUUUAAUAAUUUGGUUUCUCUUAUUCUCCCAAUCGGUUUAAACUAUAGUGUUUCGAGUUGGGUUGCGAAAUGGUGCGAAAAGACAAUGAUUUUGGGUCCAAGUUAGGAUACCCAUGUGUUUGGGUUCAAUUGUGAUCAUGCUCAACAAAAUGGAAAAAGACAAAGAAAAAACACUAUAGAGGAUGAAACUCGGCCCCGAUACAAAACUUGUGGUAGCGGCCUUGGAAAACGGUGGGGGGGGGGGGGCGAAUUUACGAUUCAGCCGACAGUAUUUCGAGAUUGGUUGCGAAAUGGUGGGCGGAAGUGAUGAUUUGUGCAAAAAUCUAUAGACGAAACCUAGUAGAUAGUUGCUGCAAUAGGGAGCUGAAAACCUAGUAGGCAAUAAUUGUUAUGGAAAACACAAUGGACAAUAGAUGUAAACGUAGCAAAUAAUAGGUAAACACAAAAAUUGUAGACUGGAGAGUGGGAUAGAGAAGGAAUUGUUAUGGAAACACAAUGGACAAUAGAUGUAAACUCAACGAACAAUAGUUAAACACAAAGGUUGUAGAAUAGAGAGUGUGAUAAAAGAAGAACCUGGAACUUCCCCACUUACACUUGGAAGAGUGUGAGAGCCACUAAUGAAUAAUAACUUCAACGUUAGGCUUUUAUAUAUUAUUUAAUUAUAUAUUAAUUAUUUAUAAUCUCUAACUUUAAAGGAUUCAGUCAAUAGACAAAGUCAAAGUUAGUGAUAGAUUGAUGGCAUAGUUACUAAAAUUAAGGUACUGUAAGUAGGGCUGGUUAUUUGGUCCAUACUAUUUGGUUUUACCCAAAAUCAGACUCUAUAACCUAGAUCAGGAUCGGAUAGCAAACAAUUCAAUUCCAUUUUCGGGCUUAGAUUUGAGGUAAAAAAUCAUUUGGGACCGGAUCGAAAACCGAAUAAAGACCGGAUAAGAGAGUCCAACACCCAAAACUUAACCAACUUCUCGCCCUUUGAGGCCUCAAGCUACUCAAAUCCCCACAAGUUCAAUCUAAAAUCAAAACCGAAUUGGGACCGGACCAAAUAAAAACCGGAUUGUAUCCAAUCUUUGGUCCUUAUAUUCCCGAAAAAAUCAUACUGAGACCAGAUCAAUUCGAGCCAAUUUAACCGGAUCGGACCGUAUAGCCACAUCUAUCUGUAAGUUAGGUACAAGAUACAUAUUUUAUUUUGUCCCUAAACUAAUCUAACGUCUAAUAGUACAUAAGUAUUCAUACAAUAUAUGUUCGUUCAUCCCCGAGGGUUUCCAAAAAUCAAAUCGAAAUCCCUACAAUAGAAGAGAAGAGCAGGCGAGUGGCCGUCCUUCAUCCGCCGGUAAUCGAUUUGAUCCCAUGGCCUCCUCCGACGAUCUAGAGUUGCCUCAGUUGACCUACUAUAAACAUCCCCAAUGCAAAAGCUGCCGAGAACUUGACAAGAAGGAGAUGAAAGAAGAGUACGACGACGAGGACUACGUUUUUGGGGACGACGAUUUCGGUGGAGAUGAGACCCUAAGGCUACAUGUCAUCUUCUACAUGAGGAGGUUAUUCGAGGAGGGUGGUUUCUAUUUUGGAUGCCGUCCAAUUUAUUUCAACCUGGAGACGCUACCAUACCCUCGAGAGCAUUUCAAUUUCCAGCCAGGCUUCGAUUCCAUAGUUGAAGAAUGCGCCGACUUUGCGGUCUAUGCAUAUAAUGAGGAGCGGGAUGCUGAGAUGGAGCUUUGUGGGAUUGAGGAUGCAUCGGUUGGAGGUAGUGUUGGUAUCAAGAUAUUCUAUCUCAUCAUUCGCUGCCGCAAUGGUGAUAGCGCCGGUGGUGACGACGAUGGUAGCUCCGGUGAUGAUGGCAAACGGAAAAGGAGCUCUGGCGAGAAGAGUUACAGAGUGGUGCUUUCCUGUCGGUGGUGGAGUAGGGAUCUGAAAAAAAAUUCUGGUCUUCAGGGACUCUAAUGGGGCAAGUAAUUAAGUGACUAGCUACUUAGCACACUCUACUUAAUUAAUUAUUUAAGUUGCUUGGGUAUAUAUAUAUAUGUAUUGGUUGCAACAAUGGAUGUUGUCAAUUCCUUUGCUCAGAAAAGAUGCUUGGGUAUAUAUGUAUUGUUUACAGAUUUGAUGGAAGCCGAUCCCACCUUCGAUGCCCGCACAAAGCCGGGAAAGCGCCGCCGGCCCCCGGCCUAACUGGAGGACGGAGAGCCCUGGAGUACAGGAGUAGUAGUAGCAAUAGACAAGUAAGUAUGUAGUUUGUUUAUGGCUUUGCACUUCGUUAUGAGGAGAUUGUAUAUAUAUGAUUCUUCGCUGCUGCGCUGUUGGUAGCUCCGGCAAGGGAAGCCCUGGCGAUGAUGGUAAACGGAAAAGGAGUACUUCACUUGAAGCUCUUUAUUAACGAGGCGAGCAUGAGCUCAGCAUGGUUCAGCUCUUGAAGCUCGCGAGUAAGUAGCUCGACUCGGUGGUUUGUUGAGCUGAACUCGUGAGGUGGCUCGUUUAGAGUUAUAUCUCAACAUUGUGGCUAGAGAGCCAAUUCGAUUGCUGAUUUAUGGGCUAAUCAAAAUAUAUCGUAUGAUUGUUAAUUCAUAGGAUUAUUAAAUUAUAUAUGUCACCAUAUAUGAAGUUACACACAUUUGAGUAUGCGACAAAAUAUAUAAUAGAUAGCUUCAAUACUAUAAAAUAACAUGAUUUGA